AUGCGAGCCGUGACGCUGGCCCUGUGCGCUCUGAGCGUGCACGCCUCCUGGACGCGCAAACUACAAAAAAGAGGCGGCGCCGCGCGAGCAUGUCAAGAGGAACCAUCCUUAACGAGCGUCCCGAAGGCUUUUGAUAGAGACGAGUGCGCGCGCAUCCUGGCGUUGUUUGAGGAGGCAAAGGAAGAGGUCGAUAGGCGGGACGCCAUGGGGAUAUCGAGAAGGAACCGCUGGCUCCCGCGCGACAAGUGGGAUUCUGUAAGGUGGGUCGUCGAGCGCAUGCUCAAGCGACUGCCCAGUCUUCCGCAGAUGGACGCGGAGAACUUCCUCGAGCGCCACGUGGAGUUUGUCUUGCUGCACGAGUUCCGGGAAGGGGACUUUUUUGAUUGGCACGUCGACUCGAAGCCCGACGAUGGUAAAAUGAGGACGCAGAAUGUGAACGUGGUGCUGUCCUCAGCGACUGAUUUCGAGGGCGGCGCGCUGCAGGUCGGGUCGGCGAACGCUUCUCUACAACUAGGCGACCUGCACGCGUACCCCGCGGCGUUACCGCACAAGGUCCACGACAUUACGAAAGGAAGGCGCUACACGCUCGUCGUGGCGACGCGCGGUACGAUUGAGGGCUACUGGGCCGCGGCUUUACGGGACUACGAACGACUCGCGCGCGAGUUAGGUGAAGAGCACCCGAAGCUGCACUGGAUCCUGGGCGAGCACCUCGAGAGCAUUGAAAGACCAGAAGAAGCGAGGCGGGCCUUCGCGGCGUCGUACCGGGCAACUCCACAAAAGCCGCAGUACGCGCGGAAAUUCGCGGAUGACGCGGCGGAGAAGCAUGCUGCUGGCGAUUUAAGAGGUGCGGCCGAGGACUUGGGGAUGGCCACGCUCGUCGAGCCGGACGACGCGGAGUACCGCGUGGACCUGGGCGUCGUCCUCUGGCGGCUGGGGGACUUUGUGGGGGCGGAGGAGCAGCUGCGCGCGGCGCUCGAGCGCGGGGCCCCAGAGGCGGCGGUCCGCGCGGGGUUAUCCCUCGUGCUCGCGGACGCGGGCGACGCGCGCGGCGCGGCGGCCGAGCGGGACCGAGCGAUGGCGGCCGGCGCCGACGACGCGGCGGCGGCGUUCGAGGCGCUCGAGGGGCUCCGGGGUGGCGGCGGGACCUAA